AUGUCUCUCCCGAAGCCAACUACGCCGAGCACUGCGUCGCUCAUCGGGGUUGCUGUCGCCGUCAGUGGAAAUGUGCUCAUCUCUCUGGCCCUCAACUGCCAAAAACUGGCGCACCAGCGCUUGCAAAGGGAGUGGGAGGAAGCACAGCGUAUACGGACAACGCCCGAGUACGAAGAUUCUGAAGAUCUGGCAUCUGAUGAAGGCGGCGAUGACGACGAGAUGAAGCUCGGGAGACGUGCCACAACGGGAUAUCCAUGCUCGAUGGAAAGGGUGAACGAGCACACCUCACUUUUGAGGGCAUCUCCUGAAUCCUACGGCAGUGGUCUGGAAGGCUCAACUACGGUGGGAACUCCUGAGGAGGCGCAAAAUCCCACUAUUGAGCUCUUGGCAGGCUCAGGUGAUCCAACGGGUUCAAAGGGCAAAGAUAGAGCAGGACACACGCCCCCUUCCUCACUAGAAAACGGGGACUUGCGCGACGAUGAGGAGAGACAUGAACAUGAAGCGGAAGGGAGCGAGAGCGAUAGUCUAGAUCGCGGGGGGAGCACUACUCACGGAGGUACCAAGUUCCUCCGAAGCAAGCUCUGGUGGCUUGGCAUUGGGUUGAUGAUCCUUGGUGAAGGAGGAAACUUCAUAUCGUACGGAUUCGCACCCGCAUCGCUCGUUGCCCCUCUGGGUGCGGUAGCUCUCCUUUCGAACGUCCUUAUCUCACCGCUCCUUCUUCACGAAUGGUUCAGCCUGGCCGAUCUCGGCGGCAUCCUGCUGGCCAUCAUCGGCGCUGUCACGGUUGUUUUUUCGUCCAAGCAAAACGACAAGCGCCUCUCUCCAGAUAGUCUCUGGAAAUCCAUGAAAAGGGUAGAAUUCAUCAUUUACGCGUCCAUCUCCGUCUGCCUUGCCGUUCUGCUGUGCAUCGCGAGCACAACUCGGGCAGGCGAUAAGGUCGUACUCAUCGAUGUGGGCGUUUGCGCCGUAUUUGGCGCCUUCACAGUACUUUCAACGAAGGCGAUCUCAUCUCUGCUUUCGAGGGGAAAUCCUUUUGACAUGUUCCGGUAUCCCAUCACAUACGUCCUCAUCUUCGUUUUGGUCUCGACUGCAGUGGUGCAGAUCACAUACCUCAAUCGAGCUCUUCAAAGGUUUGACUCCAGGCAAGUCAUCACGACGCAGUUCGUGUUCUUCACUAUCAGCGCCAUCAUUGGUUCGGCUGUUCUCUACCGCGACUUUGAAGACGCCGAUGUGCAUCGCCUGAUCAACUUUUUCUUCGGCUGCCUUACGACGUUUGCCGGUGUCUUUGUGCUCACUCGGCGGAAUAGCACUGAUGAGUCAGAGGAACCACUAUCGACGCGCCGAUUGAAAUCGCGAACGCGGCGAAGACCUGCUCGCAGUCACGCCACAGAGCACUCGGCUCUAGGCAAGAUCACGGAUAGUUGGACCUCUGGUACUGCCACCGACAGUAUGCUUGCGGACGACACAGCCCCAGAACGAGAUGAAGAGGAAGUGAUGGUCGAUGAGGGCACUCAGACGGAUGACGAGCAGCUGAAGCGCAGUCGAGCUCAUGCGCAAGGCAUCAAGACGCCAGCUUCGCGCAAACCAGCUGCCAUUCGCUUUCGCGAGGAGUCACCAUCUUCAUCACUGCACAGAUCACCAUGGCUUCAACGGCACUCUCUGAGCCUGGCAAUGCCCCGGGCUGGCAGUUCCGACACCGCCGUGACGGAAGUCCGCAAGGGGUCCCAAGCGGCGGGGGGUAGCAUUCCGACGCUUGUGGUCCCGGGCUCGUCUACCUCUGUGAUAGAGCCCACGAAACUUUCAAGAAGUGUACCGGCUCCUGUCUCACCCUUGAGCAGCAGCUUGCCUUUCACACCCUCACUCAUGCGUUUCGGCACCCGGCCAGUAUCUAGCGUGGCCGAGUUCCCCUUGAGCACAGCUGCACCGACUGGCUUGCUCAGCGCAGGUCAGUACCUUUUGCUCCCCAGCAUCAGCACAACGCCACAGACUGGCGUGCGCUCUCGGAGCCGACAGAGGAGCUUGAGCCAGCCAUCGACCCCGACCAAGAAGCGAAGCAGACGUGCGCUGCGCGAUAACGCUGCGAGCAGAUGCGAGCACAACAGGGUCUCCGGCAACUCAGAGCAACAACCCGGAUGCGACUUAGAAGCUGCGGUUUCCUCUGAAGAGGAAGGGAGCGUCGGGGACCAGGCUCCGCAUUAUAGCCGUGAUCACGGCAACGAAAGGCGAAGGUCGAGUGGGCGAAGGGACAGGCCUAAGUCUGAUGUCUUUGACAGCUUCGGAUGGCGAAAGAAUCCUGCUUCUUGA